GGUGUGGCUAACACGUGAUGUGCAGUGUCAAUGAAGAUGAAGUUCAAGAAGUCAUUUCUUCUCCUCCUCCUCUUAAUUUGGACCAGGUUUGUAUGAAAUGCAAUUCAGAGAAAGCUGUAACUAUAGCUAGAACAAAAGACCCUUUCUGCAGGGCUUGUUUUGAUCAAUAUUUCACUCAUCGAUUUAGAUCAACGUUUGGUAAAUCCAGACUAAUAAGACAAGGAGAAGAGGUACUUUUAGCAUUUUCUGGUGGUCAGAGUUCUCGUGUGUUACUUCAUCUUGUUCAAGAGGGUUUAUCUGAACAUGCUGUUAAACGGCUCCGUUUCACUCCCAUUAUUAUUUAUAUUGAUGAGGGUGUGGUUUAUGGCUAUGCCUCUGAGAGGCAGAAGUCUUUGCUAAAAGAAGUUUCUGGCAUAAUAGCUCAAACACAAUUUCCAGGAUACUUUACAAAAUUGGAAGAGGUUUUUACUGGUGCUAGGGUGUGGCCUAUUAGUGAUGCAGUUUUAUCUGCUGGGUCUGAACAACGUUCAAAAUUAGCUGCUCCAGACCCCACUUCAUCAAUCAGUCAAGGUGAAAUGCCUGGGGAAGUCAAAUUAAAGCAAUUAUUUGAUAGUUUGAAAAGCUCAACAGCUAAAGAAGACAUGCUACAGUCAUUAAGACGGCAGUUACUUGUUGACAUUGCUGCUAAAUACUUCAACACUGGCAAGAUUCUUGUUGGAGAUAAUGCUACUCGACUUUCUGUUAGGUUACUAGGGAACAUAGCCCAGGGACGUGGUGGCACGAUACCUCUUGAUACUGGUUUUUGUGACAACAGGUCUGACGUUAUGGUAUUACGACCUUUAAGAGAGUUUCCAGACUCUGAAAUUGCUUCAUAUUUGACGUUGCAUCAGCUUCAAUCAGUUGAUGCCUCCAGUGAUCACUCAUUACCAGGUUCAUCUGGACACAGUAUUGAGGGACUGACAGCUUCUUUUGUUCACUCAUUACAGUCUAACUUUAGCUCAACAGUCAGUACAAUAUUUAGAACUAGUGACAAGUUACAGUUAAGUGAAGAUUUGGUACAUUCUGGUCAAUGUUGUCCACUGUGUCAGGCUCCGUGUGAAGAAUCAUUUAAUGAAGAAGUGUUUUCUCAUGUGUCUACAUCAGGGAAUAAUAAGCUUUUGUGUUAUGUAUCAUCUCAUUCUAUAGGCUGUAGACUAACUGCAAGGGGAACAGUACAUGAAAACAUUUUAGAAUUGUUAUUGAAAGAUGACUCAGGUGGUAGUAAUGAACUAUAAUUGACUGUGAGCUUUCAGUUUCAAUUUCGUGUGCUUUCCUCAAAUGUAAUGCGUAAAUUUUAUUUAAAUAAAAGAACGUCAUUGCUCUUUUUGAAAACAAA